AUGAAUGAUAUGAAAAGUAUGUCAUUGUUAAAAAUGAUAUUGCAAGCACUUGGUCUACUUCUUGGGCAAAUUGCCGUCUUAUCAAUGCAACGUUUUUUUAAAACAUUGCCUCGAAAGUGGUUUCGAGAACAUCUGCACCCUAUCGUUCGAAGAAUCCUUCGGUGUGGUUUGCCAGCUGAUAGCUUGAAACCUUUUCGUAGGUAA